AUGGUAAAAUACUACUCAACUCGUGGUAAAGAUAAAGGAUCACACACACCAGAUUUGGCCAUGUCACUCAACAGUUUAUAUAAUGCUCUUUCGGAUCUCGGACAGCACUCGGAGGCGCUUCCAUUCAUUGAAGAAAGCAUCAACCUCUACCACCAGUUGGUUGCCAUUCACCCAGAAUCAUACACACCGGAUUUGGCCAUGUCACUCAACAAUCUACGUAAUGCUCUUUCCCAUCUCGGACGGCACUUGGAGGCGCUUCCAUUCAUCGAAGAAAGCGUCAAACUCUGCCGCCAGUUAGUUGCUGUUCACCCAGGAUCAUACACCCCGAAUUUGGCCAUGUCACUCAACAAUCUACAUAAUGCUCUUUCCCAUCUCGAACGGCACUCGGAGGCGCUUCCAUUCAUCGAAGAAAGUGUCAAACUCUGCCGUCAGUUAGUUGCUGUUCACCCAGGAUCAUACACACCGGAUUUGGCCAUGUCACUAAACAAUCUAUAUUUAACUCUUUCGGAUCUCGGGCGGCACUCGGAGGCGCUCCCAUUCAUUGAAGAAUGUGUCAAAAUCCGGCGCCAGCUAGUCGGCGUUAACCCAGGAGCAUACACCACAAAGUUGGUCGAUUCACUCGAGAAUCUACGUGAUGCUCUUUCCAAUCUCGGCCGUCAUUCCGAGGCACAAAUGGUUCACAUUUGA